AUGGAAAUAAGAGUAGCGAAUAAAUAUGCUUUAGGGAAAAAAUUAGGGAGCGGCUCUUUCGGUGACAUUUAUGUCGCCAAAGAUAUUGUAACAAUGGAAGAGUACGCCGUAAAAUUAGAGUCAACGAGAUCGAAGCACCCUCAGCUGCUGUACGAAUCGAAGUUGUACAAAAUAUUGGGAGGAGGAAUCGGAGUACCUAAAGUGUAUUGGUAUGGCAUAGAAGGGGACUUCACCAUCAUGGUUCUCGACCUAUUGGGGCCAUCUCUAGAAGAUUUGUUCACCCUCUGUAACAGAAAAUUCUCUUUAAAGACUGUCCUUAUGACAGCCGACCAAAUGUUAAACCGAAUUGAGUACGUUCACUCCAAAAACUUCAUACACAGAGAUAUCAAACCGGAUAACUUUUUGAUAGGAAGAGGAAAAAAAGUUACCCUAAUUCAUAUCAUCGAUUUUGGACUUGCGAAAAAAUAUAGAGAUUCAAGAUCGCAUACUCACAUUCCAUACAAAGAGGGAAAGAAUUUAACGGGAACGGCAAGAUAUGCCAGCAUAAACACACAUUUAGGCAUCGAACAAUCACGCAGGGAUGAUAUAGAAGCCCUGGGUUAUGUUCUCAUGUAUUUCUUGCGAGGCAGUUUACCAUGGCAAGGCCUGAAGGCUAUCUCCAAAAAGGAUAAAUAUGAUAAAAUUAUGGAAAAGAAAAUAUCCACCUCUGUAGAAGUCUUGUGUAGAAAUUCAAGCUUCGAAUUUGUAACCUAUUUAAAUUACUGUCGAUCUUUACGAUUUGAAGAUAGACCCGAUUAUACCUACCUAAGAAGACUCCUGAAGGAUUUGUUCAUAAGAGAGGGAUUCUCGUACGACUUUUUGUUCGACUGGACCUGUGUCUACGCAUCGGAGAAGGACAAAAAAAAAAUGUUAGAAAAUAAAAACCGCUUUGACCAAACAGCAGAUCAGGAAGGCAGAGUGAAGCAAAACUAG